CUAGCUGUAUCUAACUAUCGCACCAAAUAUCCCUCAUCUGACUGCAUCCCAUUUUCACUCAUGUGUUUCUGUCUUUUAGGCUGUGAUAAGAAGUACGGUACGGGUUGCACUUUGCUUUAUGUAAUAAUUGUCAAAUAUUUGAUUUCAGAUAUGGGAAAAGCACUUAAGAUGACCCCACGUUUCAGGAACGUUAAAAUUAAGUUGGUGAGGAGGUCUAUGGUGGGCCCUGCAAGUUUUCUUACCUCAGUCAAGGUCUUCCCCAGCCCAGCUACAAACAGACCCACCCUUCAGACCCUCCUAUUACAUCUCAACCUGCUGAACCUGAUGAUGUGACACCGAGCUGUUCUGAGAGCGCAUACAGUAAGGCAAAGAAGAGAGAGCUUCAUGCCUGGGAUGCAGUCAAGGAUGAGAUGCUUAAGGUGACGUUUGAAUGUUCAGCAUCAGUCACUACCCAGUGUGCUGUCUGCCGAGAACAUGCUGAUUAUAGGUGCAUUGAGUGCAGCUCCACUGCAGUGUUCUGUGAGGUUUGCCUGAAGAGGAUUCACAGAAAUUUACUGCAUCUUCCUGAAAAGUGGAAUAAUGUUUACUAUGAGCCAUCCUCCCUGGGGUUAUUCUUAUAUUUACCUGAAGCCCAUGGCGCCCAUGGCACCCAUGUUGUGUACACAAAGGACAUGAAGAUCAUUGUCAGCACAGGACGGCUCUGCACCGUUACAGUCAACAUGUGUGCGUGUGAACCAGAAACCUGUACUCUGCUGAGAUAUGGGCUCCGGCCAGCAACAGCCACAAGCCCCAGACAGACAGCCUUCUCCAUCCCUCUGCUAGAGCUUUCUGUUUCUCUGUCACUGGAGUGUCAGGUUUCUCUUGAGGGUUUUUCGCAACACCCCAUAUCCCAUUUUAGGCAUCACCACUUCCGACAAAGAAGUUUGGUUGAUAUUUGCCCACAAUUAAAUGAUGGAACAAUAUGCCCAGCAUGUCCAAAGGCGGAUGGAGAUAUGAUUGUCACAUUGGAUGCCAACUUUGGCCUUGUGAGGAAUCAAAGCUCUGGGACAAGUGCGGUUGAUCCAUUACACGGAACCCGCGUGUUUAGAGGAAUACCUGCUAUCACAUCUUGACAGCUCAAAGCCUCGAGGUGAAAACUUGUGAAAAAAGAUCACUAUUCCUCUCAUAAAUCUAUGUUUUCCUUAAAUAUUUAGGACUGCAGUAAGCUGCUCUCAUUCAAGGUAUUAUAAUAUAAUAUAAUAUAAUUACUUUACUGCGUUACUUGUGCAGACAUGUUGUUUUACUAGGUCUGAUCUAUUUUAAAGCUUAGGCACUGUAUUUAAGCAUACAUAUACACCACUAGUCUGUCUGUAUGAGUACAAAAUUAAAAAAUAAACUGUCUAUAAUUGUUACUGUACAAGCACAGUAAAAUAUUUAUAUAAAAAAUAUUGCACUACUGUUAUUUUGCAUAGAAUACAUUGUUCAACAAUAUUUUUGCACAC